AUGGCGUCCGCAACCUCCAGCGUGUAUUUCCGGGAAGUUUCCAGCGUUGAUAACAAUUGUGAUUUCAUAAAAACUGUCGUAUUUGUUGACAGCAUAAAAUUACCCGUCCGCGCCCGCAGGUUACUAAGGAAUCUUGCGCAUUUGGGAACGCCUUACAGUGGUGACACCAGGGCGAUUGAAAGAUGCAGACAGGCUAACGGAAAGCUUUUGGGACCGGCUCUGGUUUAUUCAACCGCAACCGCUGCGGCCAGCUACCCUGCUGCCGCACGGUAUGAACAGUGCAAAGGCAGCUCCGCAUUACCCUGGGGCAACUCAACCCCUACCAACCCUGCCGUUGCGGCCAGCUACUCUGCUGCCGCACGGGUAUUAACAGUGCAAAAGCAGCUCCGCAUUACCCUGGGCCUACUCUACCGCCAGCAGCGCCGCCGGUUUAGCAUGCCGGUAAUCGGUCGGCGAGCAGCGGUACCGCUGGCGGAAGGCGGCCGCAAAGUGCUCCACGCUGUUGAAGCCGGAAGAAAACCCCACGUCCGCCACCGGCUGCGGCGUAUUCCGCAGCAGAAUGGCCGCGUUUUUCAGGCGGGUGGCCAUGAGAAACUGGUGGGGCGGGCAGCCGGUGAACAGCUUAAAGAUGCGGCUGAAAUGGAAAGGGCUCACAUGGCAAUGCGCAGCCACAUCCUGCAACGAAAUGUCCUGUACAAAAUGGUCGCUGAUAAAAGCUUUCGCCCGCUCUACCGUUUGCAGGUGGUUUUUCUUUACCUGCGGGCCGAGUUUCGUGUUGGGGCGGCACAGGGUGAUGUUGGCCAGCACGGCAUGCACCAUUUCCACCACCAGCUGGUCUACCUGCAGCUUGUUGCGCUGCCGCGCCUGCAGCAGCUGCAAAACAUGAAAGUGCGUGUAUUCCAGCUCCGGGCCGGCGAGCAACAGGGUGCUGUGCAGGUCAUUGUCGCGGAAAAAGCGCGUGCGCCCGUAAAUGUGUUGUAUUUCGGCAUACGCUGCUGGGGUAAAAUCGAAGAUGGUGCAUUCGUCCGGCACGGCGUGCACAUGGGUCACCGUUCUGUCGUACCCCGGUUUGGUGAUGAGUAUGCAACCGUUGUAAGAGUCGAGCGAGCGGCGGAAUACGUUGAACAGGAAGUUGCCCGUUCUCACGAAGCUGAUGGAAAAGGUGGCGGACUGCUCCGGCCGCGAAGUAUUGCACUCCCGGCAGCGGCAUUUGAAGUCCAGCACCCGGUACAGGCCGGAGUCGAACAGCGUAUGGAUAUCGGCUUCCAUCAUCAUUUUAAAAUUACGCUUUUUUACCGGGCCUGCAUUCGAGCACGCUGCCUUUCAGGUGACCGAGCUUUUCGAAGGCGGCCGUUUCUUCAAACCCGGCAUCGAGCCAAAGCUGUUUUCCCUGCGGGUUGGCGUAUAGCACUUUCAGCGGGCGCGGGCGGCGGUAAAGCGAUGCGCCUACCCUUUCCACGAACAGCUCCAUCAUAUUAUCGUCAAACGGGUUGA